CGGAUCGUGGUGGACUAUCGUAAGUGUAACGAAGCGCUAACUCCGAUAGCGCUUCCGGCACCGAAUCAGGAGAAGAUUUUCCAUAAUCUGAAAGGGAAAAAGCUAUAUUUCGGAUCGGAUUUGUCGCUGGCAUAUAACCUAGCAAAGCUAGACAAGCAAACGCAGCGACUUUUGGCGGUUGUGACGCAUGCUGGGGUAUAUUUGCCCACACGUCUGACGUUAGGACCGAGUCCGGCCCCGGGUUGGUUUCAGGCUCAGACUGAGGCUGCGUUCGGACACUUAAGCGAAGUGUUCAUCGAUGAUAUCGGGUUCGGUGAGGAUGGCUUAGACGUGUUCAUCCAUCGGAUGAUUGGCGUCUUUGAAGCCUGUGAAUCCAGUGGAGCACGAUUGUCGUUAACCAAGACGUUCAUUGGUGCCGACAAAAUCGAAGUUCUAGGUCAUAUUGUCGAUGAACAGGGAAUGCACCCGAGUCCGGCGAAAUUGUUUCAGAUUGAAAGCUGGCCGCUACCGACGAACCGGGAGGACUUGGUCUCGUUUGUGCAUGUCGUGCGCUAUCUGCAGUGUUAUACCAGCGAGUUGCAGAAUGUGGCUGCGCCACUAAAGGAUUAUGAGCUAAAGAAGCGGCCGUUCGCCGAGUUUCACUCGGACGAAGCGGCAAUCGCAGCCUUUGAGGCGUUAAAGAAAGUCGUCUCAAGGAAUGCGGUGUUGAUCAAACCCGACUAUGACGCGGCGAAUACUUGGCGAAGACCGUUUGAAGUAUUCACCGAUGCAAGUCAGCAUCGGUUUGCUUGGGCAAUCUGUCAACGAACGGCAACGGGACAACUUCGAGUAUGGAAAUGUUCGACCCAUUCGUUUGAUAAAACGCAAAAGCAAUGGUCAACACUGGAGCGCGAGCUUUAUGCUAUA